AUGACUCUUGAUGGUGUUACUGAUGGCCAGUGGAUACUAUUGAGUCGAAAAUCCAACCGCAACCGUACAUUAGCAGAGCAAUGGUAUGACAUUUGGGAUAUUGUAUUCCCAAAUGUUCAGAAGCCAAGUUCUCCAUACAUUCACGACGAAGUCGAUGUCUCUACAAUUGAUCCAGAGUUACUCGCAUUGGUUGCAAAUCAAGCCUGGCCCGCAGUCCAUCAAGCCCAUUCGUGGGAAGCUGGCUCGACGGACCGGCCAGUUCGUUCAGACAUAAAACACGAUGAUGCUGAAAGCCCGGUUAUUGAAAAACUUAUGCAAGACACCUUGGGCGAAAUAUCGCUACUGGACGUUUCUCAGCAUGGAAACGAGGCGAAGGAUGUGAGGGCGUCGAUGCAAAUGUUUUCAUGUUCGAAGUCAGAAAGUGUUUAUGAAGUGAGUGACUCAGGAUAUGCAUCGAAGCAGUUUUCUGAGAAUCCCACGGUUCCCCAUUUAGAGGAUUUUUCCGAAAGAGUCGUUCGAUUGGCAGUGGAUGAGGAGGGGGAUGGUCGAACAACAUACUCCGGAGCAAGCACAAUUCCUUUCAUACAGGCCAAACAAUGCGUGUCUGAGCUUAGCCACAUUGUAUGUCAGCGACUAGGCCCAUUUAUAGACACAGAGCAUUGGUCUUCCGCUUCAAGCACUAUAUCAGAACUUAUCAAGGCUUUUGCCAUCAGACUAGGACUCGAGUCUCCAUCGCAAGCAAAUCGGGAAAUUAUGUGCUUUGUGCAUAAACGUGUAUUGAAAAUCGCAGAUCAGAUCGGCAAAGAGUUGAUUGACUGGCAAGAACCAACCGAAAACUUAGGAAGUUUCCAAGCCAACAAAGACAGCAGAAAGUUACUAGAGGAGAAAAUGAUUAUGUGGGAGCGUAAAUCAAGAGAGACAACUCCGUUAUAUGAAAACAAAGAGUAUUUCAAAGGGGUGCCCGACGAUGAGCAAAGCGAUGAGGAAGAGGGGCUCGCGACAGAACUGACUGAUUACAUCAAAGUGGUCACAGAGAGCACUUCUCUUACUUGGCUCGUUGAGAGCCUACAAAGGGAAAUUGCCCUAACACCCAGUGAGAACGGUACUGACUGCCCAAAUGCGCGCGGAGCUAUUAGACAAAUGAUUCUUGACCAUCUACCAACCGGAAGACUAAGCAAGGGAAAAGAACCGGGAACCUACGAAGUCUGGUUCCGAUUUUCCAACUUACUAUCAUACAACCCCAAUAUCAAAAAGCUUAGCCAUGGCUUGUUUCCCAAGAUACCGAUCUUCGAGUCUACUGUUGUAACCUCCUGUGACUCUGGAGCUCAGGCUAUGACUAUUACAGAGUAUCCGGAACAGUUAUGGCCGUCUAUUUGGGAAGAAACACGCAAGUUCUUUCUGAAAUUACUAAACGGCCGUAAGAAAGGAGCUUAUGGCGGUAAGUCGCUCCUCCUUUCUACAAAAGUUGCUUACAUACUUACAUCCAUAUAG